AUGAUGAAAUUGUUGAGUGUUAAUUCCAGUGAUGUAAGGAUUGUGGGAGUCCAUGGCAUGGGAGGAAUUGGCAAGACCACUAUAGCCAAGGUCAUCUACAACCAACUCUCCCAACACUUUGAAUCCUGUUGCUUCCUUCCAGAUGUAAGAGAAACAGCACAACAACACAAUGUUCUUGUUCAUUUGCAAAACCAACUUAUAUCUAACAUCUUAAAACGGAGAUGCGUUGACAUUAGUACCGUGGAUGAAGGUAUUAAUGUAAUCAAAGUUAGAUUUUCUGGGAAGAAAGUUCUUGUUGUCAUUGAUGAUGCCGAUCAAAAAGUUCAUCUUCAUUCACUUGUGGGAAAUUGUGAUUGGUUUGGUUCAGGAAGUAGGACAAUUGUCACAACAAGAAACAAAGAUAUUCUAAAUCUACCUGAGGUAGACUGUAGGACUUACGAACCAAAGGAAUUGGAUUCUAAUCAAUCUCUUCAACUUUUCAGCAAACAUGCUUUUAGAAUGAACCAUGCUCUAGAAGACUAUGAUAUUCUUUCUAGAGAUGUUGUGUCCACUACUGGAGGGUUGCCUUUGGAUCUUGAGAUUGUUGGUUCUUUUUUAUCUGGCAAGAGAAAAGCGGUGUGGAAUGAGACAUUGAAGAAGUUGAAGAAAAUACCGGAUGGACAAGUGUGGGAUGACUGCAAAUUUUAUCCGGAAAAUGGGAUUGAAGUUCUUAUUCUCACGUCCUUGGUGAAAAUUGGAGAUGACAAUGAGCUAAGGCUGCAUGAUCAGCUUAUAGACCUCGGUAGGGAUAUUGUCCGUCAAGAAAAUUUUAAGGAGCCGGAGGAGCGUAGUAGGGUGUGGUUUCAUGAGGAAGCCUAUGAAAUAUUGGAGAGUCAUUCGAUUGCAAGAAAGUUGAAAGUUUUAAAUCUCACGGGUUGCAGAGACAUGGUUAGUACUCCUGACUUCUCUGCAUAUGCAACUUUAGAAAGAUUGAUUCUUGAAGAGUGUGAGAACUUGGUUCAUAUUGACCCAUCGAUUGGGUAUCUCAAGAGUCUAGUUUUCUUCAAUGUGAAGAAUUGUUCUAAACUCAAAAGGUUGCCUCUGGAAUUUGAUUCUUUGAAAGCUUUAGUGGAGCUCCUCAUCGAUGGUACUUCUUUAAGAGAAGUCCCUAAUGGUAUAGGUGUUAUGAAUAAGCUUGAAACUCUUAGUGCCAGUUGUUGGUCAUUGGCUCAAAUUUCUACCUCAAUCGGUCACCUAAAAUCUCUAUCAGACCUUACAUUAGAUUAUUCAUGUAUCAAUGAACUACCAGACUCAAUUGGUUCACUAGUGAAAUUGCGACGCUUUUCACUAAGGCGCUGCAAAUUAAAAGAACUUCCAGACUCCAUUGGGAAAUUAGAAUCAUUAAUUGAGCUGCGCUUGUCAGGAGCAAAAUUUACAGAAUUACCUGAUACCAUUGGCAACCUAAAUCAUUUGAGAAUUCUUGAGAUUAACGAAUCUUUGAUCAAGAGGUUACCUAGUGCCAUCGGAAUGUUAUUGAAACUUGAAGAGUUAGAUGCCUCGCAUUGUCACAAUUUGGAAGGUGAAAUUCCCAAUGAUAUUGGGAGACUACCCUCUCUGAGAAUCUUAAGACUAAAUUUUACAAAUAUCUGUAGCCUACCAACAAGCAUUUGUGGGCUUUCUCACCUCCAAACCCUUGAUUUACAUGGUUGCAAAAUGCUUCAGUUUCUGCCAGAGCUUCCCUCUAGUCAAUGGAGACAUUUCUAA